AUCACUGCUUUAAAUGAGAGCUUUGGCUACAUCUCACUGCCUGUGAUCGGUUUUUGGCAACGGAAGGCAUGAAGUCGUCGCCGGAAAUGGUAGAGCAGAGGAAGAAGCUGCGGCUUCUACUUCCUCUCAACUUUACUCUGUUAUUCUUCUUCCUCUUUAAUUUCGCUUCUUCCGAAAUCUUCUUCGAAGAACGCUUUGAAGAUGGUUGGAAGAGCCGAUGGGUGUUAUCAGAUUGGAAAAGGAGCGAGGGAAAAGCAGGUACCUUUAAGUACACUGCCGGCAGAUGGGCGGCGGAUCCUGAUGAUAAAGGUAUUCAGACAUAUAAUGAUGCUAAACAUUAUGCUAUAUCUGCCAAGAUACCAGAGUUUAGCAACAAGGACAGAACUCUAGUGCUGCAGUAUUCUAUUAAGUUGGAGCAAGAUAUUGAAUGUGGUGGUGGUUAUAUUAAGCUUCUUUCUGGUUAUGUUAAUCAGAAGAAAUUUGGUGGUGACACCCCUUACAGUUUGAUGUUUGGACCAGAUAUUUGCGGCUCACAGACCAAAAAGCUCCAUGCUAUAGUUUCCUACCAGGGGCAGAAUUAUCCCAACAAGAAGGAUAUACAAUGUGAAACAGACAAACUAACUCACUUCUACACAUUUAUUCUUAGGCCUGAUGCCUCUUAUAGCAUCUUAGUUGAUAAUAGAGAAAGAGAAUCUGGAAGCCUAUAUACAGACUGGGAUAUCCUUCCUCCAAGAAAAAUCAAGGAUGUUAAGGCAAAAAGGCCAGCAGACUGGGAGGAUAGAGAGUAUAUUGAUGAUCCUAAUGAUGUCAAACCUGAGGGAUAUGAUUCAAUUCCAGCUGAGAUUCCUGAUCCAAAAGCCAAAGAGCCUGAUGACUGGGAUGACGAAGAGAAUGGUAUAUGGAGGCCACCUAAGAUCCCAAAUCCAAAAUACAAAGGACCAUGGAAGCGUAAGAAAGUCAAGAACCCCAACUAUAAGGGAAAGUGGAAGACUCCUUGGAUUGAUAACCCAGAGUUUGAAGAUGAUCCGGAUCUUUAUGUGCUGAAGCCCAUAAAAUAUGUGGGCAUUGAAGUCUGGCAGGUAAAGGCAGGUUCAGUUUAUGACAACAUCUUGAUUUGUGAUGACCCAGAGUAUGCUAGACAAGUUGUAGAAGAUAUUUGGGCCAAGAACAAGGAGGUUGAAAAAGAGGCAUUUGAAGAAGCAGAAAAAGAGAGAAGAGCUCGGGAAGAAGAGGAAGGUAAUAGAGCCAAAGAGGACAGUGAAAAAAGGAGAAAAGAGAGGAGGGGCCGAAGAAGGCAUGACCCCCAUGACUACAUGGAUUACCAUGAUGAACUAUAAGGUUUCCAGAGCUGUUUUCAAGAUUUUCUUUCAUAGAGAACCCUGUGAAAGAUAUAGAGAGGCAGCAUCGGUCUUUGUCUCGAGGUUAUCCAGUCUGUGUUGUUGUUGUAUCGUUUUUGUUGUAACGGUAAAGUUUCAUUGAAGAAUUUCCCAUUGAGAUCCAUUAGGACCUGUGCUUCAUCAUUUAUGUUACCAUAAAAUCUUGUUCAAAAGCUGGAUCUUGAUUCAUCCAAUCAUCAGUUUCAGGUUCAGCAUUUUUAAUAGAAUGUGAUCAAUCUCUUAUUCUGUUCCUUGCUUGCCCUUUAUUUUGCAAUUAAACACGCACGCUCGCU